AUGAAUGGCGGAAACAUCGACUAUUACCUGGACGCCAAUCAGCACCGUCUGGUAUCCAUGCUCGCUGCAAAUCUGCGUUUUGGAGCCGCAUCGCUGCGUGACAUGAGUCAGCUCGAUCAGAUCAACCGUUUUUGUGACGGUUUAGAAGCCGAAUUCCGCAACGAAGUAAGCUACCGUCGCUGUUCUGCCCUAUCGCAGCCAUUGAGUGAGCUCAGGCGUACGAACUGGAUGUUCAUUUGGUUCGCCUACUGA